AUCCAGAUUCCUCCCCUCCUUUCAAAGAAGGAAGUUCCUUCCCAUUUUGGGUUUAGAACUGCAGCCUCCCAGCCUGAUGACAGAGAUUUACGUGCCCGAGCAAACAUGAAGCUGAACGAGCGGAGCUUGGCCUUCUACGCCACCUGCGACGCCCCGGCGGACAAUGCCGGCUUCCUCUACAAGAAGGGCGAGCGGAACACGGCCUACCACCGCCGCUGGUUUGUGCUGAGGGGAAACAUGCUCUUCUACUUUGAGGACCGGGAGAGCCGGGAGCCGGUGGGGGUCGUCAUCCUGGAGGGCUGCACCGUGGAGCUGUGCGAGUCCACGGAAGAGUUUGCCUUCGCCAUCCGCUUUGACUGCGCCAAGUCCCGCACCUACGUCCUGGCGGCGGAGAGCCAGGCCGCCAUGGAGAGCUGGGUCAAGGCCCUCUCUCGCGCCAGCUUUGGCUACCUGCGGCUGCUGGUGAGGGAGCUGGAGAAGCAGCUGGAGGAGAUGCAGAAGGCCUCUUCGGGCUGCCACCGGGUCCAGCGGAGGGCGCCGCUUUACCGGAAGAACAAAACGGCGCUGAAUUCACACGACUUGCUCCCGGAGAAGCCGUCCGUCCCGAUUUGCAUCCCGGCGAAAGAAAAUGGCUGCGCCCUCUGGUACAACUCCAAAGGCCCAACCAGCCUGCCGGCGGGGUACCCCCAAGCCAACUCCUGGAGCACCAGGACCUGUGGGGAGGACAGCUUCGACGGGGGUCUGAAGCCCCCACCGCUGCCUCCUCGGAGGAGGGCCCUGUCGGGCAAUUCCUGUAGUUCAGAGGGCCCUGGCAGCCCAAGCUGUUUUUCCAGACUCCAUGACUGGUAUGGAAGGGAAGUCCUGGAGCUGAGAAGGGCAUGGCUGGAGGGACAAAAGGAUGGAGGGCUGUGAGGAGCUCCUUGGCAGCGGGGGCACCCCGGGAGAGGCCAGUAAAUGGAGACCUUGUCUGCUGUAGGUAACACUCAGCUCCUGGAAACUCUGCUCUCUGCCUGCCGUUGCACCGACCUCCUGCCCAACUCAUGGAUGGUGGCAGGAGGAUUUUACCAUUGCCUUUAAAACCAGGCCCAGUUGCUUUCCCACCAACCUCCGUGCAGUUCCUGGAGAAGACUUGCUAUUCUUUUGCACCUAGAAAGCCUCAGCUUCUUAAUGAUAAAAAGGAAUCUGAGUUUAAUACCAGCUGUCACCACCACCCAGGCCAGACUAGAACCACCAUCAGAGAUGUUGACAUUUCUUACCGUGGUCCUUUCCUUCCUGUCUGCCGUUGAGAUGGAUGUCUGCUGUUACCAAAGUCACCACUGGGUUGGACAGAGUUUGGGGCGGUGGGAGAGCAUCCUGACCGGGUUAAGCAGUGGGAUGAGAUGGUUUGGGCCAGCUCUCCACCAAAGGGAAGGCAGAGACAUCUACACGGACCAUCCCGGUUCUGAUAUCAUGGCGGGGCUGGUUUGGAAAAG